AGUUUAUUUUGGAAAACAUUGGUCAUGUCAGUUGGUGGCGCUAUCUAUUGGAAUUUUCCCGAAACUAGUAAUUUGACAUGUAAAUUGUAAACAUUUCAGAAUCUGCACGUUAAUUUCAUGAAAUAACUUAAAAUUAAUUGUGGCAUUGUGAUAGUGUAAACAGUUGUGAGUUGAAGUGCUUUUUUAUUCAGGAUUCUAUAUAAUUACUAAGAAUCGAGAAUGUAUCGUCCGCAACAAAUUCUCCAUCAUGUUAGGAGGGCCCAUUCGGCCCCGUUGAAGAAGAAUCCACAUCUGGAUGCGAUAAUCCGGGUGGACCACGCGGGUGAGCUGGGCGCGGACCGGAUCUACGCGGGCCAGAUGGCGGUGCUGGGCCACACGGCCGAGGGGCCGCUCAUCAAGCAUAUGUGGGAGCAGGAGAUAAAGCACCGCCAGAAGUUCGAGGAGCUGAUCUCCAAGCACCGCGUGCGGCCAACCGUCAUGACUCCCAUUUGGAAUAUCGCGGGGUUCGCCCUCGGAGCGGGUACCGCUCUCCUCGGCAAAGAAGCCGCCAUGGCUUGCACGGUGGCUGUGGAAACAGUUAUAGUUGACCACUACAACGAUCAACUGCGAACGCUAAUGGAGGAUCCGAACGUGGACAAGGAUAUCCUCCAGACGAUCACGCAGUUCCGGGACGAAGAGCAGCAACACCACGACACGGGCAUCGACCACGGGGCCGAGCAGGCGCCGUUUUAUAAGGCUCUUACUGAAGUUAUAAAGGCAGGAUGCAAGGCAGCUAUUGCAAUAUCUAAGAAGAUUUAGCGUGUUCUUGGCCAUCAUAGAGUCAGACGAACGGUCUGUUUAACUCUGCGCCGGUAGUUUUUUCAUAUUGUUUCCGGCACGAAAGUGGCUCAAUGUAAAUAAUAUAUGUUUAUUAUAUGUAAAUAAUAAUAAACAAAUAAAUAUACUACGAUAAUA